AUGGUUUCUGGUUCAGGCACUCUCGUUCUGGUCAUGGUCAUGAAGACGGUCUGUAUUUCUGGCUCUCUCCUUGUUUGGGUUGGAUCGGCGUUUGGAGAGACGUGGACAAGUCUCGUGGAUUCGGUGUUUUAUUCGGAUUAUGCUUAUGCUUAUGCAUUUUGGUCGUUCGGCCACUCUCCCAUCAUCAUCAUCGCUGUGAUAUUUGUGUCAUGCUCGAGUCCUGGUGACAACAACAACAACAACAACAACAACAACAACAACAACAACAACAACAACAACAACAACAACAACAACAACAACAACAACAACAACAACAAAAGUGUCAUUGUGUUUGUGCUUGUGCUUUGGCUUUCUGUGUUCGAGAUUCCCCUACUUGACUUUUCAUUAUCAGUCGACUGCCUGGGGGAUGCCGCGUGG